CAUGGCGGACACUCAGAGUUAUUAUUUCUGCUUUGAAAACUCAUCAACUCUUGUGUAAACAGAGCGGGCAGCUAACUUUUGUUGCCGGGACAGCGGAUUUAUGUGAACGAAUAGGUAACUGGACCUAAUUUGCACCUAUGUAGCAUUCCAACUUUGGGCAAUUGUCAUGCAAAUGAAGCUCAAAACCUUCCUCCCACUACGUCUUAGCAACAUAUGUGUUGGUCCAUUGCUCUCUCUUGAAUUUAUUAAUCAACACUUUGGUCUGUUUUUCAAAGGACACAAGCUGUGAAAAUUCAAACAGUCCAGUCAAUCUUUUUCAACACAUCACUGACAAGAGAUCAACAGCACGCGCAAUAAAAUUGCCAGAAAGAUUUUUGGAGCGACGUUAGAAAGUUGAAUCUGUUUAAACAUGGUCGAGUUUGCCCAAUUUAAAACGGAGAGCUAAAGGGCAGUUAAUCAAACGGCUGUCGCUGUGAUCGCAGUAUGAGUUGCAUUUCACGUUACAGUUCGCCUUCGACGUGGAAAAAAAGGUAUGGAUUUCUUCUUCAUCAAACAUAACCUUCGCCAAUUUGAACUCAGGUGAUGAAUUCGAUGUUUUCGGCAUAAGCUUAAUUUGCACGAUUGAAAUAAUUGGAUGUCAUAUCGUACAAAUAUCAUCUGUUUCGAGAAACCAGUUCUCAUCUGUGUGGCUGUCUACAAAUAAUCCAAAAUGGCUCACCACAGAGAUAAAGAACGUGAACUCGACUUGAAGGGAAAACUAUCACGGAAGAUAGCUGAACUCACUAUGGUCAUUCACUUGCUGUUUACGAGAAACCACGAGCGCGAGAUUGAAGUAGAAUCAUUGAAAACUGCAUAUGAACAUGAGAUAAGAGGUAUUCUUGAAGAAGCAAAAGGAAAAAUUUCGUGGUUGGAGGGACAACUUGAUGAACUAGAAAAAUACCGUGUUUUGUUGGACUUGAAAAAUACAGAGAUUGAGAAAGACAAAGAGCAGAUCCAAGAUCUUCAAAAUAGGGAGGCAGAAUUAAAUACUCAGUUAGAGCAUAAAGAUCAACUUUUAAUGAUUGCUGAAAAACAAAUUGUAGAAUUGAAAGAAAGCCUUAUGGAUAAUGUAAACUCUGGGUAUGAUCAUUUGUCAGUUGAACUGGAAAAUGUAAAGAAAGAGAACAAUAACUUGAAAGAAAAACUCAAGGUUAAAAGUGACAAGAUAAAGAAGAGCCAAAAUCAAGUUGAUAAUCUUCAAUCAAAAGUAAAAACAUUGGAGGAUGAAUUAAAAGAUGUAUUGGAAAAAAAGCAGAGGCUUGAAGCAAGUGUUGAUGGCUUGCGAGGAGACUGGCAGGAUGAAAUUGAGAGACUUGGUCAGAAAAUUGCAGAAUACACAAAACAGCAACGAGAAGACCAAAUGAGGGCUGAAAAACUUGAAUGGAAAAAUAAACAGUUGAAUCAACAAGUAAAGGAGCUUGAAGAUGAAAAACAUCAGUUAGAACUUAGAAUUCAACAAUAUGUUGACGAGAGAAACAAAAGAAAGGAAGCAAAAAGAUCCCCAAGAUCAGUGACUAAAGGAAGUCCUGAAGUACCCCGACCAUCACCAAUUGAUAGAGAUGAUGAGCUUGAACGUCUCAGACGAGAAGUGCAGCGUUAUCGUCUGGAGCUGAGCAACAGGGAAAUGAGCUUCAAUCGAAUGUUUACUGAUCAUAAGCCUGUCAUUGUUGAUGCAAAAGGAAGGAAAACAUCCUCUAAUCUUGUUCACGACAAUUCUUUCCCAAAUCUUAGUGGUGUACAAGGACGAAAAAGAAGUGGAAUUCAACAAUUACCAGCUCUUGGGGAACAAAGGAUUCAGAGCAAUCCUCAACAACAAUUUCAUGGCCUUUGAUUAACUUGGUUCAUCUUAUGUUUAUCAAGAAAAAAGAUUCUUUCAGAGUUUAUAUAUUUAGUAUUUAAGGAAACAAAUUUAUUUGGAUAUUAUGUGGACCAAAAAUAUCCAAAAUUCAGUCUUAACAAUUGAGAGUCAAUUCUGAGUCCCAAAAUGGAAUGAGUACCCUGAUUUUACACUAA